CCCAGAAGAAGGCUCCAUUUGGAAAGACGGUAACUUGUCGGCAGAUGAUAUUUCUGAUUAUUGAAAUGGUUGCGCAUUUCAUAGUGGUGCUAUUUACCUCCUUCGUUGUCUACACAGCAUGGCCAGGGUCAAGCUUGUUUUCAUGGCAUCCAACCUUGAUGGUUGUAGCGUUCACCUUCCUGAUGGUGGAAGCCAUACUGGCUUUCUCACCAGAAAGUUCCAUGUUGUCAAAAGCAGAACACAAGACUAAAGUCAUGGUCCACAAAAUCCUUCAAAUCCUCUGCGGCGUGUGUGCAGCCACUGGCGUUUCUGUUAUUGUGUACAACAAGAUCUUGCACAACAAGCCUCACUUUACCUCCUGGCACGGAUUCUUAGGUAUUAUGACAGUGGGUUACCUGGUGAUGCAAAUCCUGAUCGGGAUGGUAGGAUUUGUAUGGUUUCCCGACAUCCUGAGGUCUUACAUGUCCCUCUUUCAACAGAAGUUGCUUCACGCCACCUCUGGUAUUAUAUUGUACCUGAUGGUUUCUGUCAGCCUCAUGUUGGGCAUGCUUUCUAAUUGGUUCACUUCCAAUGUCACAGGAAGUGCUUGGUACGUCUGUUUCAUGUGUCCGCUGUGGCUUGCUCUCAUUGUGGCCCUGCAGACGACAAAUUCUUAUGUACCAAGACUGAGGAAUCGCAGAGGAUGAACUGAGGAAUGAGAUGGAUCUUUUUUAACAUAAUAAUCACAUGGUCUUUCAUGUACUUAAUUGAUAUUCGGCUUCUAUUUGGAUUUAGCAUUUUAGGGUAUAUAAAAAAAAUGGCAUAUUGCCAUUGAAGGUGGAGCUUUUGGUUAAUAUAUCUAGGUUCACAUAUUUUAAUUUGUUUGCUUUUUAAACAUCAAAGUAUCUGUUUCAUUCCAGCAUAAAGACUAUAUAUAUAUACUAAAGCGAUUAAUACUAAUUUAGUUAAUUUUAUAUAUUGAUAUGUGCAAGAGUGUUGCAAGUUGAAGUGCAAUGUGAUAGUUUUGGUGUAUAAAAACUGAACUGUUCAUAUUUUACAGUAUCGACUCACGAGAUUUCAUUACUACUUGUUGUACAUGUUGGUGUAUUUAUUGUACUCCAAACCACAAUGGCAAUCAGUGUGUGCAUGUAUUUUGUAUCCAAAUAUUGAAGCAACAAACUACUGCUUAAGGCACUUGCAAGCAUGUGAUAUUU